ACACCAUCCUCAUAUAUACAUUGUCAAAAACAUACUCAAGCUAGCCACACGUUAUAUCACUUGUGAGAGUUUCACUCCAAAACACUGCCAUACAUAAAACAUAGAAGUUAAUCCAGACACAACAACACCCCCAUACAGUCUCAACCAAAUAUGAUCCCAUAUCGAACCGUUGAAGAGGCGUCCGUGGCUUUAGGAAGAAACCUGACUAGGCUCGAGACGGUUUGGUUCGAUUACUCAGCCACCAAGUCCAAUUUUCAUGUAUAUUGCCAUACCAUUUUGCUUCUCUUCCUUGUCUUUUCCCUCGCUCCUCUCCCUCUUGUGUUUGUGGAGCUGUCCGGCUGGUUCGAUCAGUACAAGAUUCAGCCGAAGGUUAAGUAUUCGUUGUCAGAGAUGUUCCGAUGUUAUAAACAAGUCAUGAAGUUGUUCCUUCUCGUCGUCGGUACCUUGCAAAUCGUUUCUUAUCCUUCGAUCCAGAUGGUAGGGAUUCGAAGUGGUUUGCCAUUACCAUCGUUAAUGGAGAUAGUAGCACAGCUAGUGGUUUACUUCUUGAUAGAAGAUUACACUAACUACUGGAUCCAUAGAUGGUUGCAUUGCAAAUUGGGUUAUGAGAUGAUUCAUCGAAUCCAUCACGAGCACACAUCUCCCAUCGGAUAUGCAUCGCCGUAUGCACAUUGGGGCGAGAUCUUGAUUCUUGGUAUUCCGACGUUUCUUGGACCCGCGAUUGCUCCUGGCCACAUUAUGACCUUUUGGUUAUGGAUAGCUUUACGCCAAAUCGAGGCUAUUGAGACUCACAGCGGAUAUGAUUUUCCAUGGACUCUGACAAAAUUUAUUCCUUUUUACGGUGGAGCUGAGUAUCAUGAUUAUCAUCAUUACGUUGGAGGACAAAGCCAGAGCAACUUUGCUUCAGUGUUUACGUACUGUGAUUACAUCUAUGGAACUGACAAAGGUUAUAGAAUCCAUAAGAAGAUUCUUCAACAGCAGGUUAAGGAGGAAGCAGAAGAGAAGGGAGGAACGAAAUAUGAUUAGUAAUAAAUUCGAAGAGUGUUAAAAUUUUCAAUCUGUUGAUAAAAUAUUAAAUAAUAUGUAAACAUAAAAGAUUAAGAAUAAAGUAUCAUAUAAUAUGUAUUGUCGCUCUCUAACAUGUGAACGAUAAAAAAUUAUAUGUAUAUUUUAGAAAUAAUAUAACCUUUAAGAGCAUCUAAUGGAUGAAAAUGCUCUUCGCCUCUCUUUGUA